AAAAAAGUUUGAGAACCACUGCUGUAACUUAUUAAAUCAAGUUGAAUUUGCUUUACUUAUCUCUUUAUACUAUCACUUUAUUUUUUACGUUACAGGCACUAAUCCCUGGCCAAUAAGUUGAAAUGACUUGUAAUUCCAAGUUGAUUAAACUUGAAAAUGUAAUUGCAACACAGAUUCUUUUGGGAAAUUCCGUUGCAGAGAUAUACUGGAUUGUUGGGAAAUGCCGAGGGGGGAUUGGGAAUUCCUCUAGCUAGCUCUAGGAUAUAAAGCAUGGAGUCUCAUUCACUACUUUCACUUUAAGCUCCAAGCUCUCUCUAAAGCCGAGACAACAACCUAAGGUGAAAGUCCUGCAUUGCAACCUAUUGAUUUCACUUGGACAUUUACUAUGGGAUUUUUCCUCAAAGCUCUCGUUCUCCUGCAGCUUGCUGUUGUGUUCAUUCAGCUAAGUGGAGGUCAACCAAUAUAUGACAGAUGCUGGUGCCUGAAUACUUUGAAGAGAAAUGUGCCAAGAGAAAAAAUCAUGGAGUUUUCCAUUUCCCCGCCAAGAAAGCAAUGCAAAAAUACUGAGAUCAUAUUAACACUAAAACCAGAAAAUACCAAGUCUGAAGGACAGCAGCGUUGUCUGAGUCCAGAAACAAUACAAGCUUCUAACCUACAGAAGUGCUGGAACAGGGUAAACGCAAACAGCACCAGGGAUGUGGUUAAGAUCUCUGAGUGUUUCCCAAACCAUAAAUGAAAGUACGGAGGGGGAAAGCUGGAAAUUCCAGAAAUCUUGCACAUGGAAUUCCAUCCCGUCACAUGGCCUGCUGCACUCCACCAUCCUGGGAAUAAAGGGGUUGGCCGUUGUGCAGAUGAUGAGAAAUCACGGGAGAGCUGAAGACACCUGGAACACAGCCAGUGACUGUCAGACGCAGAUGUUUCAUUGCUGUUUAAGCCAAGCACUACCAAUACAGAAUACCAAGCAGUAUUUAAAUGAACUCAUUAGUAUUUAUUUAAGUAUUUAACUUAUUUUACACUCUCAGAAUAAUGAAAGGAACAAGAAGGUAAAAAAGUUGUCACUGGGGCAGCAACCUUUCAAAAAGUAUCUAUAUAUGUGCAGUGACAACUUUUGUAACUUUUUUUCUGAGAGUAUGUGCACACUGUGUAGAUGUCGUACUGUACAGUAUGUCACUUGAAGGAACUAUUUGUGUGUGAUCUGUGUAUGUUAAAUUAAUACAAUUUAUAAAUAUGUUACAUAAAAGACAUUUUCAAGUUACUUAA